UCUAAAAUCCGAACACGGCCGUCCUUUUUUUCGUUUAGAUUUCAUUUUAAGAAAAUUUCUUUUUUCCUUCUUCACCUCAAUUAAAAAAAAAAACGCAGCGAAAAGUUCCCAAAUACAGAACCCUAACAUGUUUGUAUGGUCAGGUUUCAUAGCAGUGUUUUUCGGAGUGUAAUUUUUGUUGUCAUUUUCUUUUGGUUGCGGAGAAAGGGAACGAAAGGAACACAAUUGGCUUUUUCACUCCUUGGGUCAGUAGACUAUGGAACAAGAAAAUAAUAAAAAUGAAGCUGACAAUGCUGCAGAAGACAUGGCAAAAUCACAAUCAUCUGAAAAUAAAAGCCCAAAUUUAUUGAAGGCCAAAUCUAAUAUUGCAAAGUCAAUGGCCAAGAAUUUCUUGAAGACAAGAAAAGCCACUGGUACUUCUGAGGUUCAGAGGAAAAAGCAAGAGAAGAAAAACAAGAGUGUAUCAGAAGGCAGUAAAGCAACUGAAAAUGAUGCUAAGAAGCUAAAUUCAAGGGAAGAGAGCCAACAAAAGGAUACAACCACCAGUAUGGAGCAUGUAGAGAACGGUCAGCAGAUCGAAAAGAACAAAGAAAAUACAUAUGCAUCUGAUAGCAAGGAAAAGAGUAGUAAGUCAAAUGACAGUCCCAAGAAACUAAGAAGGGGAGAGGAGCCUGGUCGGAAGAAUGAAGAAAAGCAGAAAGUUACGAAAAAGAGAAAACGAAAUGAGCAGAAGGAAAAGCACAGUAAUUCAGAGAAGAAUAAUGAUAACAAAGAAAAGCAUGAUGAUAAGGGAAAGAAACCAGAAAAUAAAAAGAGAGAAAGGAUUGAUGGUCUAAUAUUUAUGUGCAAUGCAAAGACCAAGCCAGAUUGUUUCAGGUACCAUGUAAUGGGGGUACCAACUGGUAAAAAAGAUCUUGUUUUGGGUAUCAGACCAGGGCUUAAGCUUUUUCUCUAUGAUUAUGAUCUCAAGCUUAUGUAUGGGAUUUAUAAGGCAUCUUCUUCUGGUGGCAUGAAACUUCAGCCCAAGGCUUUUGGUGGGGCUUUCCCUGCUCAGGUGCGGUUUAGUGUCCAUGCUGAUUGUUUUCCUCUGACAGAGAGCAUUUUCAAAAAGGCGAUCAAGGAGAAUUAUAAUGAAAAUAACAAAUUCAAAACUGAACUUACUGCUAGACAAGUUCGGAAGCUCACAGAACUGUUCCGACCAGUUGCAGUUCAUUCAACUGCACUGGUUGUUCACUCCCCGUCAAGGGGAAUGGCUCGAAUCCUUGAACACCCUGAAAAUAGGGAAGCUCAUGUUAGACCAAGGGAAGCAAGGCCCCCUUCAGACAGAGAAGCAUCUGCUAGAGACCCUUAUGCCAAUAUAAGUGCUAGAAGUUAUUCUGUUUUAUCUCAUGAAAGGGAUCGGCAAAUUGUAAAUGGAGAGUUGGCAUCUAUUCGGAGGGAGGACAUUCAUCGUGAUUUAUACCUUAGUGAGAAGGAAUACAGGGCUUAUGGUCUUCAGGGAGAGAGAAGAAGCUCAACUCUUCAGCAUCAUAUCGCUCCUAGAUUAGGACCUUACCAGGGAGAUUAUAGGGAGCAGCUUCUAUGCCAACCGGAACCGGUAUACAGGGAAUCUGUGCCUAUGCAGAGAGAUAUAAUUCGCUCUGAUUCUCGUUACUUGACUGAGAGAGAGUAUCGGACCUAUGAUUUGGGUGCUACACGAGAAAUGCAAUCAGCUGUUUCUGCUGCAACUGCAAAUACAUCUUUAGCUGCUGCUUCUUCUUUGGAUUCCUAUGCUACGGAUCCAUAUUAUGGUCGUUAUUACGGUGCUUCAUUGGUGGACUCUUACCUGCCACAUCCAAGAGAGGCACACCUGAUUGAGACUGAUCAUCUGAGGAGGAGAGAAAGCAACCAAGUGGAUAGAGUGUAUUCCACAUAUGCUUCUGAUGCUUUAGCAUAUGACAACCUGAUGCAUCGACGUCAAGAUGUUAAGCCUGAAGCUGCUUCUACAUCAGUUUCAUCCCGGUAUUCUUUUGCUGGUGCAUCUUGGUCUUAUCGCAGAGAAAACGCAAAAGACAUGGGAUUGUGCUUUUCUGGUGACUUGAAAGGAGGCAAACAAGCCAUUGGUGGGGUUCAAGGUUGGUCCACCAUGAAUAAUAACGAAGGACAUAACGAAGCUGUUGAUCACUUUUAUAGAGCUCGAGGUCAUUGUCCUCUUUUUACUCAAAUUGAGUUAUCUAUGUCAGCUUCAAAUUUACGUGAUUGUGACAUCACAUCAAAGAGUGAUCCUAUAGCAGUUCUGUAUGUAAAGAAAAGGGAUGGGACAAUUGAGGAGCUUGGUCGCACUGAAGUCAUACUCAACAGUUUGAAUCCUGCUUGGAUUAAGAAGAUUAAUGUUGCUUAUCAGUUUGAGAUUGUUCAAAAUUUGGUUUUUCAUGUAUAUGAUGUGGAUACAAAAUUUCACAACAUACCUGUGAAGGUGCUUAAGUUGAAUGAGCAGGAUUUUUUGGGAGAAACCACUUGUGUUCUGUCUGAGAUAGUGACCAAAAGAAAUCGAUCUUUAACUCUCAAUCUCCAUAGCAAAAACGGGCCCGGAGGUUUCAAAAACUUUGGGACAGUGACUGUCCAUGCUGAAGAAACUUUUUCAUCCAAGAUUGCUGUUGAGAUGAAAUUGCGUUGUUCCCAAUUGGACAACAAGGACAUGUUUUCUAAAAGUGAUCCUUUCUUGAGAAUAUCAAGACUAACUGAAAAUGGACAUUCUGUUCCAAUAUGCAAGACAGAGGUGAUAGACAACAAUUUAAAUCCAAUUUGGAGACCGUUAUGUCUAAGCAUGCAACAGUUUGGAAGCAAGGAUAACCCAUUACUUAUCGAGUGUUUCGAUUUCAACAGCAAUGGCAAUCAUGUAUUUAUUGGCCAACUUCAGAAAUCAGUUUCUGAGUUGGAAAAACUUCACAAAGACAGAAGUGGUGCAAAUUUGGUUUUCCCAUCUAAUCGUGGUCAGGAAAAGGUUCUGAAGGGCCAGCUCUUCAUAGAUCAAUUUAUUGAGAAGGAGCAAUUCAGCUUCCUUGACUACGUAUCUAGUGGAUUUGAGCUAAAUUUUAUGGUUGCCAUUGACUUUACAGCUUCAAAUGGAAAUCCUCACAGCCGAGAUUCCUUGCACUACAUUGAUCCUUCAGGCCAAUUGAAUUCUUACCAGAAGGCUAUAAUGGAGGUUGGGGAGGUCAUGCAAUUUUAUGAUUCUGAUAGGAGGUUUCCAGCUUGGGGUUUUGGAGGAAGGACAUAUGAUGGCACUUUGUCCCAUUGUUUUAACUUGAAUGGUAUGAAUGGCUAUGAGGCUGAAGGAGUUCAAGGUAUCAUGGCUGCUUAUGCUAGUGCUCUGCACAAUGUCACUCUGGCUGGACCUACAUUUUUUGGCAAUGUGAUCAACACGGCUGCAAAAAUGGCUGGCCAGGCUACCUCAAAUAACAUUACCAAAUAUUUUGUGCUGCUCAUUAUAACGGAUGGAGUGCUGACAGAUAUUCAAGAAACAAUGGAUGCUGUGGUUAGGGCAUCCGAUCUUCCUCUAUCUAUUCUUAUAGUUGGAGUGGGGGAUGCAGAUUUUAAACAAAUGGAGAUUCUGGAUGCUGAUGAUGGACAUCAAUUGGAGAGUUCAACAGGUCGGUUGGCUACACGAGAUAUUGUACAAUUUGUUCCCAUGCGAGAAGUGCAUAGCGGGCAGAUUUCUGUUGUUCAAGCUCUGCUGGAAGAGCUGCCAGGGCAGUUUUUGACUUACAUGCGGUCUAGAAACAUUAAGCCACUCCAACAUGCUUGAGUGCAAUCUUUUUUGGGUUGUAGCACAAAAUGUUUCAGAACCUUGGGAAUGGAAAUAGGGUUGCAGCCGUCUCUGGGCUAAUGUCCACAAGAUAGCCUAAGCAGCAAAAUAUAGAUGUUUUAGAACUGUUAAUAUUGUUUUUUUUUUUUUUUUGGGGAGCAGGGUUAGUGCCAUGUAAGAAGGCAUUAACAACUGAAAUUGGUCUUUUCAUACAUAUUUUUUUAUUCUUUAUUUGUCGUGUUAAUCCUUUUAGAUUGAAUAAAAAAAGUAA